UAUUUUGCAUCCCUUCAAUUAGUAAACAGCUGUUCGGCGUCGGCAUUUUGCAAUUAAUUUUCGCAACAUUAUUAUUGAAAAUACCCAUUAACUAUAUUCAAAUCGCUAAAUGGCUGAGGGUAAUACCGCUGGCGGAGAGGACCAAAAGCUGUCGGAAAUAUUUUUAAAGGGCUGGAACUCAUUCGACGAGCUAGAAAGUACCGAUCUGCCCUUCAAUGGCAGUGAAUUUCAGAACAAAGUAAAGACAGCAAUGGGCCUUUUCGAGCAAGCCACGGUCAUUGUGAACCAAGUUAGCAUGUUUAGUGCCAACGAGUUGAUCGACGAGGUGUCCACGGAAUCGCUGCCCUUCAUGCUGCUCCCCUACUUCUUGGGCAAGCUGACCACCAAGAUCAACAGUCCCAAUAGCACACACUCCUUGGAACUGGGCGAGAUUUACUUCAAGGACCACCUGCAGCGCUGCCAGGAAUAUGAUCUCUGUGCAGCGCCCAAAUCUCAGGUGGCUAAGACGGAUAGCCAGGCGGAAAAAAGCGAGCAGCGCGAACUGGUGGAGGCUGCCUUCAAUAGAAACGACAAAAUAGCCCAGUAUCGCCGGAUGAAGGAGAUUGACGAGUACAUGGCCAGAAUGCGCGAUGCAAUCAAGAACAAAACGGCCGACGAUGAGGAUAAACGCGUGUUUUUCCUCAAGUAUUUGGACAAGAGCAUAAUAGACUCCAAGCAGGAAUUGGAAUCGUUGGGCGUAAUGAAGCAGCUGGCCCAGAUGCGCCUUGCCCGAUUGGCUGGUGGCGAAGCCAACGAAGUGGAUUCGUUCCGUCCAUCCAAUCAAAAUCUGUCUUCUGCAUCGUCCACCUCCCGCGGUCAUGGUCACAGUCACGGACCAGGGCAUCACCAUUAUCAUCAGCAGGCCGCUAAACCAAAGCCCUUGCAGCCCUUCAUCAUAACACGUAAUGCCACCCAGAAGGCGGUGUUUGGCUUGGGAUAUCCCAGUUUGCCCAUUAUGACUGUGGAUGAGUUCUACCAGCAGCGCGUCGACGAGGGAAUCUUUCCCGACGAGGAAAAGGUAGCCAAGAUGAAUCAAGCACAGGCCAUCGCGGCCGCCCGUGAUCCCAACGAGCAGGAGGACGAGGAGAAGGCUGUUGAGGAGCUGCAAGCGGAGCAGGAUGAUCCCGAGUAUAUAGACCGCAUGAGACGCAUGGAUGAGUACAAGGAUGUGGUGCGUCGCGGGGACGGCAAUCGUCAUAACCGUAGUUGAGAAAAUCAAAAUUGAUGUAUUUUUAUACAACCUAAUAAAAUGGUUUAACCACAA